AUGUCUCAAUACUAUCCGCAUCGCGGUGGUACUGGUGCCGCAGGUGGCGGCGGCGGCGGAGACCAAGACCGUGGGCAAAUGCCCGGUUCCAGUCGAGGUCGCGGCAGGAGCAGGAGCCGCAGACGCGGCGGUAGGCGAGGCCAAGGUAACGCGGCGGAAGUUGAAAGCUUUUUCGCUGGCUUUGAGGAUGAACUGGAACCUGUCAACCGAUAUGGAGACAGCCGUCAAGGGGACCAACGAGCUUCCCUUUCCAACUAUCAACAACCACUGCCCCAACACAGGGAAGACAACUUCGCGGCCUACUACGGAGACCUUGCGCAAGAUUGGCGCCAGCCGCCCCCUCAGCAAAUGCCGAGGUACGGAUAUCACGACUACCAGCACCCUCCUGGGCAAAUGCCAGGGUACGGAUAUCCAGGUGGCCAGAAUCCUCCUGAGCAAAUGCCAGGGUACGGAUAUCCAGGUGGCCAGCGCCCCAUGGAACAGUACCCAAGGUACGGAGACAGAGGCAACCCACCCCCUCCUGGGCAAAUCCCAGGGUAUGGAUACCCAGGCAGCCAGCCCCCUCCCCUCACUCCUGGGCAAUUAUAUGGACGAAACCAACCUCCUCCCCUCAUUCCUGAGCCGUACCCACGGUACGGAGAUAGAGGGUAUUCCUAUCAGGACCCUCCAGUGCGUGUUCCGCAAGCGCAGAACCGCCCACACAUGCCUCCCGUCCGUGUUCCGCAAGCGCAGAACCGGCCGCCAAUCCGGGCACCCAGUCCUGACUUUACUCCCAAGUCUUCCGACCUUGCUGAAAACAAACAAGGAUGCCUCGACCCACUUCUUGAGUUCUUGAAUAAUGCUGGUGGGCAGUCAAAGAACUCGAACUCGCGGAAGCGCAAGCGUAAGCAGGCGCCCCAAAGCUCUAGGAGCACGACGACUCUCGCGGGUGCCAACAACGGAACCCAAGAAGUCAAACCUGAAAAUGAGAGCAGCGAUGAUGGUCUUGGACGUCAAAAGAAACUUCGUAGUGGCAACCCAGGCGGUGUGAAUGCCGAGACGCAUGUCUGUGGCAACUGCAAAGGCAAGGCCCAUGUGGUCGCUACUUGCAACAAGCCUCGAUCAGACGGCCUUAUCCACGGGUGUGCGAUCUGCAAUGCAGGUAGUCACCCUACAUGGACUUGCGGGGAAUUUCCCCGAGGAGAUGACAAAAAGCUCGACCAGCUGAGAGAGUUGGUGUUCAAAAGAGCGAACCGUCCGGCACUUCACGGCAAGUUCUGGUAUCCUCUUAUGCACUCCUAUAUGCAGGCUCACCCAGAUACUGAGGUUCCUGGACUGCCAUGGACGAAAGAGUUCAGUCAGCGGUACCAUAAAGACUCGAGACUACAAAACAUACUUCGUUACGACAUGGACAACAACGAACUGUUUACUGUCGACCCCAACACACGCACAUGGCAAGCUGCCGUGGCACGUUAUGGGGACCCAGGUCAACGGGAUAUCAAGUAA